AUGUUGGAAGAAGCUCGAGGUGCUUUGACACCUGUUUUUCGAUUGAUUGAUGAAGAAAAAAAUACAAGUUUCACUGAAACAGAAACAUUGGAAGAUUCGGGUUCUCCUGAACUAUCUAUCAACAUAAAUGAUGAUAUUCAGUUUGACAAUGUCAACUUUGCCUAUCCAGCUCGACCAGAUGUCUUCGUUCUACGAAAUCUCACACUGACAAUUUGUUCCGGUCAGACAAUAGCUUUAGUCGGAUCAAGUGGUUCUGGCAAGAGUACAUGUAUUUCCCUUCUACUUCGUUUUUAUGAACCUUUAUCGGGUUGCAUUGCAAUUAAUAAUCGAUCGAUUACUGAUUGCAAUGUCAAACAGCUUCGACAAAAGAUUGGUGUUGUCAGUCAAGAACCUAUUCUCUUUGCCACAAGUAUCUAUGAAAAUAUUCGAUUUGGUAAAGAAAAUGCAACAAAAGCUGAAAUUGAGGAAGCAGCACGUCAAGCCAAUGCACAUGAUUUCAUAAUGCAAUUACCGAAUAAAUAUGAUACGGUUGUUGGUGAGAGUGGUGUUCAGUUGAGUGGUGGUGAAAAGCAACGUGUAGCUUUGGCUCGCGCUCUUGUUAAACAGCCUGCCUUGCUUUUGUUGGACGAAGCAACAAGUGCUCUUGAUAAUACCAAUGAGAAGAUUGUGCAAGAAGCACUCGAUCAAGCAUGCAAAGGCCAGCGUGUGGCUCUUGUAGGUGCAUCUGGUUGUGGAAAAUCAACAGUCAUUCAGCUUUUAGAACGUUUCUACAAUCCUCUACAGGGUCAAAUCUAUCUUGAUGGUGUUAAUAUUCGACAGCUGAGUAUUCAAUGGCUUCGCUCGACUGUUGGUCUUGUUAGUCAAGAGCCUAUCUUGUUUAAUUUGACUAUUGCUCAAAACAUAGCUUAUGGUAAGGAGAAUACUUCCAUUGAAAACAUUAUCGACGCAGCCACUAAAGCUAACAUUCAUGAUUUUAUUCAGCAACUACCUCAAGGUUAUGGAACUAGAGUGGGUAUGAAAGGUGUUCACUUGUCAGGUGGUGAGAAACAACGUAUUGCCAUUGCUCGAGCACUUCUUCGUCAACCAAAAAUAUUAUUGUUAGAUGAAGCAACAAGUGGAAUGGACACUUACAAUGAACAGAUUGUACAAGAAGCUCUUGAAAAAGCUGAAACAAUGAAUUCAACUUGCACUUCACUGAUCAUUGCUCAUCGUCUAUCGACCAUUCGUUCAUGUGAUUUGAUCUGUGUUCUUGAGAAAGGAUACUUGGUAGAAAAUGGUACUCAUGCAGAGUUAAUGAAACGACGUGGAGUUUACUAUCGUAUGAUUGUUUGUAACAGUAUUUCAUAA